UGAUCAGCUGUGUCCAAUCACAGCUGAUCACAUAGGAGAGCCGGUAAUCUGCUUUCCGCGAAGGAGACAUGUACACUGAUCAUCAGGGCACUGAUGAUCAGUGUGCUCUGAUGAUCAGUGUGGCCCCAGAAGUGCCACCUCUGUGUCCAUCAGUGCCAGCAGUCAGUGCUCAUCAGUGCCAUGUGCCAGUGCAUACCAGUGCACAUCAAUGCCACAUAUCAGUGCCCAUCUGAGCUGCCUUUCAAUGUCACCCAUCCGUGCCAGUCAGUGCCACCUAUCAAUGCCAAUCAGUGCCACCUAUCAGUGCUGCCAAACAGUGCCACCUAUCAGUG